AUGGAUAAUUACACGAUUGCUAUAUGCUUCAAGAACAACCCAAGCAGAAUGAUAGGUACAUUUCUUUCGAACGAAGAUGGAAUGGUGAAGCUGGAGAAUGCAUUUUUCGAGAUGAACCCUGGGAUUGUGUUUCCUACAAUCUCUAUUUCCGAAAGUGACAUAAUCACGGUGAAGAAGACAAAUGAGGGUGUAAGAGAGAAGAGUGAAGACAAGAGCAUUCCCUUGGAGACGACGGAGAAGGCCAGCAAAGGAAAGGAGACUUCAUCUUGGGAUUCGUUCAAAACAGAUUCUCAGAUAUCCAGAGCGGUCGAGGUAACUGCUCCUCCUCCAACUCCCCCAAACGAAUCUGCAACUCUUGAAAGAUUUUCAGAGGAAGGAAGCAAGGACUGGAACCAAUUUGAAGCAAACUCAAAGCUCUUCAACAUAGACAAUAAGUUUGACGAGUCGGAGUACAUGGAGGUCCUUGACAAGAACUCAGAAUCGUACAAGAGAAAGCUCUCGAUGGCAAAGAAGAUUGAGAAGGAAAUAAUGCUAUCCACGACUACGGAUCCCCACAGGCUUGAGGAACGAGGUCUUGGGAUGUCGGAGGAGAACGAGGACGCCUACUCAAGUGUGGUUGGGAAGGAACACAAAAAGGAUUCGGGGAAGUGCUCCGCAAAGGGCCAUGAGGAAGAAAGCUUUGACGACGAAAAGAGCAAACAGUCUGAAGACGAGGGUACCCGAAGGAAGAUGGUGAUAGAAAUCGAGGGCCUAUCCACUCCAAAGAUCAAGGAGGAAUGUGCAAGCAAGGGUGAGAGUAACAAAAAUGAAGAAUCGUCAAAUAGCCAAGAAGAGAAGAAGGACUCAAAGCCUAAAAAGAGUGUAAGGUAUGGAUGGAUGCACACCAAGUUUGAUUCCUCGAAAAAUCUCCUUAGAAUGAUAAAAUCCAAGUUUAAGGGGAUUUUGGACACCAACGGGGGAGAGGCGAAAUGGGGAACAGGCCCCAACUGGGAAGUGGCCGGAAGAAAUAUAAUCAAAAAAACCCAAAAGGGAGGUAGGACGCCGCCGACAGCAAGAAGGACGGUUAAAAAAAGCCCUGUCUCUAAAUAG